AGCGACACGUGGCGGCGGAUCAGAGUAGAGCAAUGAUGGCGGAUCGCAAGCAUAACAGACGAGAUUGCGCCGACGACAGAGGGCCGCAGGAGGAUGGAGGCAGAGUGAAAACUAAGCCUGUCUCUUGUAGCACUGUGGGAGGAGAAGGGACUGCAGUCAAACGUACAUCCCACCAUUUUACACAUGAGGAUGAAGAGGAGCCCUCAGCUGACCCACCAGCACCCAGCAAAGUUUCCAAAAUAGGCUUUAGCAUGAGCAGUACGACUGCGAAGAAGUCCAACCCGAUAUCAAUCAAACUUGGAGCAACGAAACCAAAAGAGCCCACACCAUCACUUCCUCCAAAAAAGCCAGGGCUGGCAUCUGUUUUUAACGAUUCUGAUGAUAGUGAACCUGAGGAGAUGCCUCCUGAAGCAAAGAUGAGGAUGAAGAACAUCGGCAGAGAGACGCCAACAUCUGCGGGACCGAAUUCAUUCAACAAGGGCAAGCAAGGUUUCUCUGAUAAUCAAAAACUUUGGGAAAGGAAGCUGAAGGCCGAAGGCGACAAAAAAUAGAUGACCGUCAUUAGUGGAUAAUUCUGUAUGGGGUUAAUGGUCCAGUGUGUAAGAAUUAGUGACAUCUAAUGGCGAGACUGCUGAAUAACAAGCUGCUCACUCCUUCCUAUCCCCAAGUGUGUUGUGGAACUACAGUGGCCUUCACAUACCAGAAAGGGUCUUCUUCUUCAUUUGCAUAGUUAGCUUCUGCUUCUAUGUACGAAACACUUUUCUGGCUGGCUGUCCCUGUGGGCUACUGUAGAAUAAUUGCAGAGCAAGGUGGUGGUCUCCACACUGGAUGCGUUGCGUGUGUUGUGCUGCAUGUUGUUGCGUGUCUGCUAGGGCUGCAACCAACAAUUAAUCAAUUACUAAAGUAAUCAUGAACUAUUUUGAUAAUCGAUGAAUCACUUUGAGUGUUUUUUUCAAUAAUUAAAACAAGCUUUCUGAUUUUUCAGCUUCUUAAAUGUGAAUAUAUUCCAGUUUCUUUGCUCCAUAUAACAAAGACAUCAGACAUCAUCUGCUGCAUUGCCCCUGUGCUUUUUCUCUGUCUCUCCCACAUCUCCCCCCACCAGCAAUAUGAUUGUGACUUCACUUUCUGACUUCUCACAUAUUUGUUUAUUCAGACAUUAAACCGAUAUCAAAUUUAGGUUCAGCCUAGACGCUAUAACUACAGUGAGAGGUGUCAAUAUCAUCGUCACACAUCUUUUCUUGUCUACUUCUGCUGGGAACCACGUGCGUCACGCUUAAAAAAAAAAUUAGAAACGAAAAUUAAAAACAUGAUGGAAUGCAGCAACGGCGCACACGCAGUGUCUCCGGUCUGAACAACUAAAGUUAUUAUACACGUAUUUAAACUUAAUUAUGUGUAGCGUAUUCAGUAUCUGCCAUUAACCCCUCCUUAAUGUUACACACUGGACCUUUAAAUAUCUCUGAAGGUAAAGUGACUCCUCACUGUAGCCUUGGGGGGGUUGAGAACUCCCUGUGUCUGCAUGGAAGUAAGGAUAAUGUAAGCCUUUGAUAUUCAGAGACUGAACUCGCAUGUACAUGGAUGACAACUGAGACGAGAAAGCCCAAGCCCCUGUGACGAGAGGGGAGGAGUGCUGUGAUGAAAACAAUAAAUUAUCCAGACUUCUGACACAAACUUUUCUACAGUUUCCUUCUGCUGGCUGAUGAGAAAACUUUGUGGUCCUUUUACAUCGUGCUUGGUUUUUUUUUUUCUCCCCUUAAGAUGGUUGACUGUGGUCCCGAGCAACUCCUAAAUUUACUUUAGUGUUUGUGUAAAAAUGUACGUGGAAGUGGUAAUGUUUUUAAUUUUUUUGAACCCACAAAUGGGAGUGUGCGAUUGAGUGUUGUGUUAAUAUGGGGAGCAAGUGGGACACACAGUAUUUGAUUGAAUAAGUGUGUCAUCCUGUGUAAAACCCUUUUUUAUUAUUAUUUUGUUAUGUUGAUAUGUAACAGUAACGUUAUUGUAAAUCACCAACUCAUUGUUUCCAGCAGCUGUACCACCUCAUAGGCAGCUUCCUGUUUGUUUUGUUUUUUUAAGCUUCUUUAAUGUGGGAGCCGUGUCCCAUUCUGUUUUGGCUUUAUCAACACACUUCUGUGUUUUACUUGGCACACCUUCUGUAUAGAUUUUUAUUUUAUUUUAUUUUAUUUUAAGUUUUAUGUUCACAAUUAAAGGAGUUGAUUUUAGUUGUCAGUUUUGGUGAAGACCUGACUCCGACAGCCAUCACAGUUAAAUAACAACACUUUCCAUUGCCACUUAAAUGUAUCAUACCUUCACUUCAGACAGACGUGGCAUAUCAGUCAAUAACCUCUCCCUUGUGCCUGAAACUCUUCAGAAAAUUCCCUUGACCAGAAAUGUAGACUUAAAACUCUUUCAUGCUGCAAAAAUCCCCACAUGAAUCACAUCAUCCACUGCUAUGACCUGUUUUAUCAAAAUGGACUCUCUUGAAAUCAAAACCACCACCAAAUAAAAGUUUUGGAUAUUG